UUCGAUGUUUCUCCACCUCUAGUCUUGAACCCACAUGACAAAAGACAACACUGUUUCGGACGCAACGCAACGCAGCGCGAGUGUAAUGUGUGAGAAGUAAAUAAAAUAUUUACAAAUAUUUACCAAUUUACAACAAAAUGGCUACUCCCGGGCCGAAUUGCGUGCACUAAAAAACAAACUGCGACCAAACGGGCAUUCGUAGAGCACUUAAAGCGGGCAAGAACGCGGAUUUGGCGUGUUUUUCGGGUUUGUUGUGCAGCAUGCGAGGCGUUUAUGUGUAAAUUCUUUCCUAGUGAAUUAUGUGCGAUUAACACCAAAAAAGACAGUAUAGAUAUCGGUACGCGUCACCUUUUGCGCCAAAUGUCUUAGAAUCGACGGGAUUGUGGCCAAAAUAAGAUGGCUCUCGAGCCACACACAAAGUCUACCACAAUCGAACCUCAAUUUCAGUGCCAAUACAAAGCAACAAAUGUGACAAAAACGAGAAAAUGCUCAAAUUAUAACAAUGCGGCGGCGGUGGGACGGCACUUGGCGAUCGGCGGCUUUCUACUGAUUUGCUUCGGCAUCUCAGCCAGUUGGCAGUACAAACAAGUUCAUGGCCCCAGCUCCUCAUCGCUGAUCGCCAGCCCGCCCGCCAGUGCUUUCGUCAACACCCCGGCCACCCUGCUCUUCACCACCCGGCACGACAUCCAGGUGGCGAACAUCACCAGGCCCACGGGCGGACCCCAGAUCGAUGUGAUCGUCCGGGAUUUGGCCGAGGCCAUGGCCAUAGACUUCUACUACGCCAAGAACCUGGUCUGCUGGACGGAUUGCGGCCGGGAGAUAAUCGAGUGUGCCCACACCAAUGCCUCCUCGCUGCUGCCGUUGUCGCGGGCACCGAAGCAAACUGUGAUAUCGACGGGCCUGGACAAGCCGGAGGGCCUGGCCAUCGACUGGUUUACGGACAAGAUCUACUGGACGGAUGGCGAGAAGAACCGGAUCGAGGUGGCCACCCUGGACGGACGCUACCAGAAGGUACUGUUCUGGACGGAUCUUGACCAACCCCGAGCGGUGGCCGUGGUGCCCGCGCGGCGUCUGCUCAUCUGGACGGACUGGGGCGAGUACCCGAAGAUAGAGCGGGCCAGCAUGGACGGGGAUCCGUUGUCGCGGAUGACCCUCGUCAAGGACAACGUCUUCUGGCCGAAUGGCCUGGCGGUGGACCUGAAGAACGAGCUGAUCUACUGGACGGACGGGAAGCACCACUUCAUCGACGUGAUGCGCCUGGACGGCGGUAACCGGCGGACGAUCGUCAACAACCUCAAGUAUCCGUUCAGCGUGACCUUCUUCGACAACCGCCUGUACUGGACGGACUGGCAGAGGGGUUCCCUCAACGCCCUGGACCUGAAAACCCGCGAGCUGAAGGAGCUGAUAGACACGCCGAAGGCUCCGAACUCCGUCAGAGCCUGGGAUCCCUCGCUGCAGCCCUACGAGGAUAAUCCCUGUGCCCACAACAACGGCAACUGCUCGCACCUCUGCCUGCUGGCCACCAACUCGCAGGGCUACAGCUGCGCCUGUCCCACGGGCGUCAAGCUGGUGUCGCCCAACACCUGCGCCAACGGCUCCCAGGAGAUGCUCUUCGUGGUGCAGCGGACGCAGAUCAGCAAGAUCUCGCUGGACUCGCCGGACUACACGAUAUUCCCGCUGUCGGUGGGGAAAGUGAAGUACGCCAUCGCCAUCGACUACGACCCUGUGGAGGAGUACAUCUACUGGUCCGACGUGGAGACCUUCACGAUCCGACGGGCGCACACUGACGGCACGGGAGUGACCGACUUUGUGACCUCCGAAGUCCGACAUCCAGAUGGCCUGGCGCUGGACUGGCUGGCCCGCAACCUCUAUUGGACGGACACGUCGACGGAUCGCAUAGAGGUGUGCCGGUUGGACGGCUCCGCCAGGAAGGUGCUGAUCUACGAGCACCUGGAGGAGCCGAGGGCCAUCGCAGUGGCCCCGUCGCUGGGCUGGAUGUUCUGGAGCGACUGGAACGAGCGCAAGCCCAAGGUGGAGCGCGCCUCCCUGGACGGAUCUGAGCGGGUGGUGCUGGUCUCCGAGAACCUGGGCUGGCCCAACGGCAUCGCCCUGGACAUCGAGGCCAAGGCCAUAUACUGGUGCGACGGCAAGACGGACAAGAUCGAGGUGGCCAACAUGGACGGCUCCGGGCGGAGGGUGGUGAUCAGCGAGAACCUGAAGCACCUCUUUGGCCUGAGCAUCCUGGACGACUACCUGUACUGGACGGACUGGCAGCGUCGCUCCAUCGACCGGGCCCACAAGAUUACGGGCAACAACCGGAUCGUUGUGGUGGACCAGUACCCGGAUCUGAUGGGCCUGAAGGUCACUCGCCUGAGGGAGGUGCGCGGCCAGAAUGCCUGCGCCGUGCGGAACGGUGGCUGCUCCCACUUGUGCCUCAACCGGCCCAGGGACUACGUCUGCCGGUGCGCCAUCGACUAUGAGCUGGCUAACGACAAGCGCACCUGCGUGGUGCCGGCCGCCUUCCUGCUCUUCUCCCGCCAGGAGCACAUCGGUCGGAUCUCCAUCGAGUACAACGAGGGCAAUCACAACGACGAACGGAUUCCCUUCAAGGAUGUGCGGGAUGCCCAUGCGCUGGAUGUCUCGGUGGCCGAGCGGAGGAUCUACUGGACGGAUCAGAAGAGCAAGUGCAUCUUCCGCGCCUUCCUCAACGGCUCCUAUGUUCAGAGGAUCGUGGACUCGGGGCUCAUCGGUCCGGAUGGCAUUGCCGUGGACUGGCUGGGCAACAACAUCUACUGGUCGGAUGCCGAGGCGCACCGCAUCGAGGUGGCCCGUCUGGAUGGCAGUAGCCGCAAGGUGCUGCUCUGGAAGCUGGUGGAGGAGCCGCGAUCUCUGGUCCUGGAACCGAAGCGGGGAUACAUGUACUGGACAGAGUCUCCGACGGACUCUAUUCGUCGCGCCGCCAUGGAUGGAUCCGAUUUGCAGACCAUUGUGACGGGAGCCAAUCAUGCCGCAGGCCUGACAUUCGACCAAGAGACCAGGCGCCUCUACUGGGCCACCCAAUCCCGGCCCGCCAAGAUCGAGUGCGCCGACUGGGAUGGCAAGAGGCGGCAGGUUCUCGUCGGCAGCGACACGGACGAGCCCUAUGCCGUGUCCCUCUACCAGGACUACGUCUACUGGAGUGACUGGAACACCGGCGACAUAGAGCGGGUGCACAAGACCACCGGGCAGAACCGAAGCUUGGUCCAUUCGGGCAUGACGUACAUCACCUCGCUGCUGGUCUUCAACGACAAGCGGCAGACGGGCGUGAAUCCCUGCAAGGUCAACAACGGCGGCUGCUCGCACCUGUGCCUGGCCCAGCCCGGCAGGCGUGGCAUGACCUGUGCCUGCCCCACCCACUACCAGCUGGCCAAGGACGGCGUCUCCUGCAUUCCGCCCAAGAACUACAUCAUCUUCAGCCAGAGGAACAGCUUUGGAAGAUUGCUGCCCAACACCACCGACUGUCCCAAUAUUCCGCUGCCAGUUUCCGGCAAAAAUAUUCGAGCCGUGGACUAUGAUCCCAUAACUCAUCACAUCUACUGGAUUGAGGGCAGAAGUCAUAGCAUUAAACGGUCUCUGGUGAAUGGAACCAAGGUGAGCCAGCUGGCCAAUUCCGGGCAGCCCUUUGACCUGGCCAUCGAUAUCAUUGGACGGCUACUCUUCUGGACGUGCUCCUAUUCCAAUAGCAUUAAUGUUACCAGCUUCCUUGGAGAGUCUGUGGGAGUUAUAGACACUGGAGACUCGGAGAAGCCCCGCAACAUUGCCGUUCAUGCCAUGAAGCGUCUUCUGUUCUGGACAGAUGUGGGCAGCCACCAGGCUAUUAUUCGCGCCCGGGUGGACGGCAACGAGCGCAUGGAGUUGGCCUACAAGCUGGAGGGAGUGACUGCCCUGGCCCUGGACCAGCAAUCCGACAUGAUCUACUACGCCCACGGCAAGCGAAUCGAUGUGAUCGAUAUUAACGGCAAAAAUAAAAAAACCCUUGUGUCCAUGCACAUCUCCCAGGUGAUCAACAUUGCCGCCCUGGGUGGCUUCGUCUACUGGCUGGAUGACAAAACUGGCGUGGAGCGGAUCACCGUCAAUGGCGGCAGUCGCUCUGCUGAGUUGCAACGCCUGCCCCAGAUCACCGACAUCCGGGCUGUGUGGACACCAGAUCCCAGGGUGCUGCGGAAUCACACCUGCCUGCAAAGUCGCACCAAGUGCUCCCACAUCUGCAUUGCCAGUGGCGAGGGUAUGGGUCGCUCGAGGGACAUUUGCUCCUGCCCCAAGCACCUCAUGUUGCUGGAGGACAAGGAGAACUGUGGCGCCUUCCCGGCCUGCGGACCAGACCACUUCACGUGCGCGGCUCCCGUGUCGGGCAUCGGCGAGGUGAACAAGGACUGCAUACCAGCAUCCUGGCGCUGCGAUGGCCAAAAGGACUGUCCGGACAAGUCCGACGAAGUGGGCUGUCCUACUUGCCGGGCGGAUCAGUUCAGUUGCCAGUCGGGCGAGUGCAUCGACAAGUCCCUGGUCUGCGAUGGCACCACCAACUGCGCCAAUGGCCACGACGAAGCGGACUGUUGCAAGCGUCCUGGCGAGUUCCAGUGUCCCAUCAAUAAGCUUUGUAUAUCCGCCGAAUUGCUCUGCGAUGGCUGGGAGAACUGUGCCGAUGGAGCUGACGAAUCCUCGGAGAUCUGCCUGCAACGCCGCAUGGCACCCGCUUCGGACAAGCGCGCUUUUAUGAUUCUGAUCGGGGCCACCAUGAUCACCAUCUUCUCCAUUGUCUAUCUGCUGCAGUUCUGCCGCCGCAGCAGGACCGAGCCCAAGGACGACCAGGCCUCCGAUCCUUUGUCGCCUUCGACGCUCAGCAAGUCGCAGCGUGUUUCCAAGAUAGCCUCCGUGGCGGAUGCUGUCCGCAUGUCCACUCUGAACUCCCGCAACAGCAUGAACUCCUACGAUCGGAACCACAUUACGGGCGCAUCCAGUUCGACGACGAACGGCAGCAGCAUGGUGGCAUAUCCCAUUAAUCCGCCGCCUUCGCCGGCAACCAGAUCACGUCGUCCGUACAGGCACUACAAGAUCAUCAACCAGCCGCCGCCACCGACGCCCUGUUCCACGGACAUCUGCGAUGAGUCCGAUUCGAACUACACGAGCAAGUCGAACAGCAAUAACAGCAACGGCGGCGCCACAAAGCAUUCUUCCAGCUCGGCGGCCGCCUGCCUCCAGUACGGCUACGACAGCGAGCCGUAUCCGCCGCCGCCGACGCCGCGCUCUCACUACCACAGCGAUGUGCGCAUCGUGCCGGAGUCCUCCUGCCCCCCAUCGCCCUCUUCGCGGAGCUCCACGUACUUUUCGCCACUUCCGCCGCCACCAUCGCCCGUGCAAUCGCCCAGUCGGGGAUUCACGUAACAUUUUGAGAUUUAUAUCUAAGGGCGCGGAAGGAAGAAACAUAUCAUUAUACUUUUGUUUGUUUUCAUCGCUUGGGGAGUUGAUCGUUUUACGGAUUUUUAUUAUUAUUAUUUUUUUUUUGUCAAAAUUCUUAUUUCUAAAACUGAUUUGUAAAUAUGUAUGUGUGUUUAAUUGGUCAUUUAAGGCUUUAACUAAUUUUAAUCGUAGCUCGUAAAGAGAGAGCGUCCAUGCCCGGCGGACUAAUUCGAUCUCGUUAAGUUUCAUUUUGCCAGAAGAUACAGAUACCCGAUUAUGUAGAUUGCAGCCGUACGAUGCAUGGCAACCAUAUAUGUAAUAGACUGCAGAUUUUUGUAAGCGAAAUGCAAUUAUUAGCAAUUAAAUUAGUCGUAAAUUAUCAAAUAUUCGAUAAGUCGUAAGUCUUUUGUAAUUCUGUGUGCCAAAUUUACCGAAACAGCAGACCAGACAGAGAAAUUCACAUUUUUCACAUUGAUUUAAACCUACUUAUAUACCUACUUAUAGUGUAUGGAAAUUAUUGAUUUAAAAUGCAUUUAACAUCUAGACAUGAUUUAAACUAAGUUCUAAAAUGUAAAUAGAUAAUUCUCUUUUACAAAAAAACAAAACAAAAAAAAACAAGCAAUAUUGACAAAUUUGCAAAUAAUUCAACUGUCUUCUUAAUUGUUAUAAACACCAAAAAGUGCCUCAGUAAUACGUGUGUUUUAUUGUUUAUUCUUUAAUUCUCCUAUAUCAUUUAUUCAUAGAUAAUACAAAUAAUAGUUAGUUACGCGUACGUAGUAGUGUUUUGCAAUAAUUAAAUGGAAGUAAAAUCAUAUUUAUAGUUAAUUUUAGAGAGCGAACUUUGUAACAAAAACCAUACAACAAAUAUUUUUAAAUGUAAAAUGCAGUAUUUUUAACAAAACUAUA